CCAUAUAUUUAGGCCAUGCCAGAAAGUUUGUCUUUCUUUACAAUGGCAGCUACCCCUAGAGGCAGUGGUACUACGGAGGAUAUCCGGAAAUUCUUUGGUGUUGUACCCCCAGGGAAGCGACAAGAAUGUGAGAAUGUGAGGAGUGACAAAAUAAAAAAUGGGGAAGGAGACUCAAGUGGAAAAAAGAGGGGAAAAGAGACUAAGGUGAAAAAUUCACCCAGUGAAGAUGCUCCCAAACAAAAGCAGACAAACAAGAAAAAAAGAAUAAUCUAUGAUUCAGAUUCAGAAGAGGAGGUGCAGUCAGUGAAAAAGUCCAAGAAGCCAUCAGAGAAAAAAGCAGCCACUCCAAAACUUGGUAAAGUUCUAAAGCAGCAUCCUGUUGUUUAUGUUUCAGAGACAGAUGAUGAUGAUGACUUUGUCAAUAAGAGAAUUUCCCUGAAACCAAAGGAGAAUGGGGCAUCAGCAAUCAGUUGUCCAGGAACAACAACAGUGAAAAAGGAAGAUGUAAAACCACGAGCUAAACCCAAACCAUUAUCUCCAGUGAAGCUGACUCCCACCUCAGCUCUUGAUUUCUUUGGGACAAGUAGUGUCCAGCGAUCCGAAAAGAAACUGGUAGCAAGUAAAAGGAAGGAACCCUCACAAAGCAGGGACAGCACAGUGGACGAUGAAGCCAUUGCUAGGCAACUGCAGCUUGAAGAAGAUUCAGAGCUGGAGAGACAGUUGCAUGAAGAUGAAGAAUUUGCUAAGACUUUGGCCAUGUUGGAUGAAACACCACAGAAGAAAAAGGCUCGGAGGGAUUCGGAAGAGCAGGUAGUACUGAGCAUCAAGAGCAGUCCUAACGUGACAGACAGAUACAAGCAAUCUCAAAGAGUGAAAGAAGCAGAACAGUCGACUGAUAAGACCUUGCCAUUGAAACCCACCUCUAAGCUUGCGGCUCUGAAACGAAAAGAAGAGAUUGCUGAAAAGGAAAGAGGCACUCGAAGUUCAGUAUCAAAAGAAAAACUUCAGGGAAAAGAAGAGAAGAAAACACCAAAGAAAGAGAAAAUUUCUCCCAAGAAGGCUGAGUCUGUAAGUCCUGAGGACUCUGAAAAGAAGCGUAACAAUUAUCAAGCCUACCGAAGCUUCCUUAAUCGUGAGGGUCCAAAAGCUCUGGGUUCCAAAGAGAUACCUCAAGGAGCUGAAAACUGCUUGGAAGGCCUGACAUUCGUAAUUACAGGAGUUCUGGAGUCUAUUGAAAGAGAUGAGGCCAAAUCUCUGAUUGAACGUUACGGAGGAAAAGUAACUGGGAAUGUCAGCAAGAAGACGAACUACUUGGUUAUGGGACGAGAUUGUGGCCAAUCUAAAUGUGAAAAGGCAUCGGCUUUAGGGACAAAAAUUAUUGAUGAGGAUGGCCUAUUUGAUCUUGUUCGAACUAUGCCAGGCAAAAAGUCCAAAUAUGAGUUGGCAGCUGAAUCAGAGGCAAAGAAAACAGAGUUGAGACAGAAAAAGACACCACAGAAAACUGAAGCUGGAAAAAAGAAUUUUAGCCCCCUCAACAGGGAAGCUGAUAUUAAAAAAAGAAAUUCUACUCCUGAGAAGGGAGCUACCUUCAAAUCUGCUAAGAAAGAAACUGCUGCCAUUCGAAAGCUUACAGACUUUAAACAGCAAACAGCGGAGAAGAAAGAAGUCCCAGAACCGAAGGGGAACUUGGUCUCUCAGAUUGAAAAUGGAAUAGAGAGAUUGCUGUGGGUGGAUAAAUACAAGCCUACAUCUCUCAAGGCAAUCAUUGGACAGCAGGGUGAGCAAAGCUGUGCCAAUAAACUUCUGCGAUGGCUCCGAAACUGGCGCAAGAAUACCUCAGAAGAUGGACAAGCAAAGGCCAACAAGCUUGGAGGCAAAGAUGAUGGUAUUAGUUCUAAAGCAGCAUUACUUUCCGGUCCACCUGGAGUUGGUAAAACUACUACAGCUGCUUUAGUUUGUAAGGAACUGGGGUAUAGCUAUGUGGAGCUGAACGCCAGUGACACUCGAAGUAAGAACAGUCUAAAGGAAGUAGUUGCUGAAUCGCUUAACAACACCAGCAUCAAAGACUUCUGUUCUGGCACAUCCUCAUCAGUUAGUGGGAAACAUGUAUUGAUCAUGGAUGAAGUGGAUGGUAUGGCAGGCAAUGAAGACAGAGGAGGGAUUCAGGAGUUGAUCGGUUUGAUUAAACACACAAAAAUACCCAUCAUCUGCAUGUGUAAUGAUCGAAACCAUCCUAAAAUUCGUUCCUUGGUCCACUACUGUUUUGAUCUUCGUUUUCAGAGACCUCGUCUAGAGCAGAUUAAGGGUGCCAUGAUGUCUAUUGCGUAUAAAGAAGGCUUAAAAAUUCCACCACCUGCUAUGCAUGAGAUAAUCCUGGCAGCCAAUCAAGACAUCAGACAGGUUUUGCAUAAUCUUAAUAUGUGGUGUGCAAAAGAUAAAUCAUUGACUUAUGAUGAGGCCAAAACAGAUGCCAGCAGAGCUAAAAAGGAUAUCAAACUGGGCCCUUUUGACGUUGUCCGGAAGGUUUUUGCUGCUGGAGAGGAAGCUUCUCGUAUGUCUCUUAUAGACAAAUCCGACCUUUUCUUCCAUGACUAUUCCCUAGCACCUCUUUUUGUCCAAGAGAACUAUGUACAUGUGAAACCGGCAGCUGCUGGAGGAGAUCUGAAAAAGCACUUGAUGCUCUUGAGUAGAGCAGCUGAUAGUAUAUGUGAUGGUGACCUAGUGGACAAACAGAUUCGUAGCAAGCAAAACUGGAACCUUCUACCAACACAGGCUAUUUAUUCGAGUGUUCUCCCUGGGGAGCUGAUGAGAGGUUACAUGUCCCAGUUUCCUGUCUUUCCCAGCUGGCUGGGGAAAUUUUCAUCAACAGGCAAACACGAACGUAUUGUCCAAGAACUGGCAAUGCACAUGAGUCUCAGAACGCAGAUGUGCAAGAGGACAGUAAACAUGGAGUAUUUGUCUUAUCUGCGGGAUGCACUUGUCCAACCUUUGAAAGACUUUGGAGCAGAUGGUGUACAACAAGCUAUAGCUUUCAUGGACUCUUACUGCCUGAUGAAAGAAGACAUUGAAAAUAUCAUGGAAAUCAGCAUGUGGGGAGGCAAACCCAGUCCUUUUUCAAAGCUGGAUCCCAAGGUCAAAGCUGCCUUUACACGUGCCUACAACAAAGAGGCACAUCUGACUCCGUAUUCCCUUAAUUCUGUGAAGACAUCUAAAAGGCAGUCAGGAUCUUUGGCAACCUCUGAACUGAGUGAAGACCUGAAUGUGGAUGAGAUCCAGUCUGAUGAGGAUGAGCAAGACAGUGUUGAAAGCGAUGCGAUGAUUAAGCAAAAAAAGGCGAAGUCUUCCAAGCUGCCAAAAAGAGAGAAAAAUGAAGAACCAACAAAAAAAGAAGGGAAAAGGAAGGAGAAAACAAGACAUUAAAAACAAUCUUGCUCUGGAUGUGGCUUUGCUUAUCUAACUUCUGUCAGGAACAUGAAUGCUCCAGGGAUGUAGCUGGGAAAGUAGAACCAGCGCGUUGAAAAUGCUCCUCUUAUAGAGGUGAUGUAGCUACUUAUUCUCACACUAUGCAGUGCUGUACUUACUCUUAACAUGCUACGUUACAAGCUAUAAAUGUUCUUAUAAAACAAAGGCAGGGUGCAUGAACAUGAUACAGAUGUGAUACUUAGUUUCCUGGUGUUUUUGCUAAGUCUUCCUAGGACUUCCAUUUUUUAUAAAUCCCCUGUUAUUAUGUGGUGAAAUCUUGUAAAUAGUACAUGAUGCAAAAAAUCUGAUUUGCGUAUUUGUACAUUAUAGGAAUUAAGCAGUAUAUAAGAUUACAAUAAAAGGUGUUUCACACAAGUUUUUUU